GGCUGCAGGGCCUUGGGGCCCUGGCGGAGAGUGGUCCCACCCUAGCAGGCAGGAGGGUGGGGCGGGGCCCAGUGGGUGGUGGCCCCUCCCGGUUUCCUCUCUGGCCGCUGAAGCCAGGCUCAGUCCCCGCUGGGUGUGAGGCAGCAUGGGCAGCAAGAGGAGAGGUGCCAGGAGCCGGCGGGGCAGGGACGGCCCGGCCCCCACGCAGUGUGUCCAGGCCGAGUGCUUUGACCCUCUGGUCCGAAACUGCGUGGCCUGCAAGCUCUUCCGGACGCCAGAACCCAGACCGGCCUCGCCUCCCUCCGACCCUUCCCCUACCCGGCCGUCCCUGCCCUCCACCCCCUGCCCUCCCUCUCCUUCCCCUCCGCCAGCAGCCGGGGCCAGCAGCCUGGCGCCCGGGACGGCGCUGCAGCCGCAGGAGUCGGUGGGUCCCGGGGCCGCCGCCGAGGCCGACACCGCGCUGCCGCUGCCCGCGCUGCUCUUCGGCGCCCCCGCGCUGCUGGGCCUGGCGCUGGCCCUGGUCCUGGUGGGCCUCCUGAGCUGGAGGUGGCGGCGGCGGCCGCACGCGGCGGCUCCCCCGGGGGCCCCGGCCCCGCACCCGCACGAGGCCCUGGACAAUGUCAUCCUCCUCCCCCCGGGACCCCUUGAUGCCACCGCUCCCGUCUGGCCUCCAACAGGAGAAGACCCAGCCAACACCCCACCUGCCCACAGCGUCCCCGUGCCAGCCACAGAGCUGGGCUCCACUGAGCUGGUGACCACCAAGACAGCCGGCCCUGAGCAACAGUAGCGACGGAGGGGGCAGGAGGUGGCCCCUGUGCUCCCUGUGGGCUGUCAGCCAGGGGCUUGGAGGCUGGAUUCGGCUCUUCACCCCAGCGCCCACCUGCCCCUUUUCUGGGAACCACGCUGCUCCCCAGCUAACCCCGCAGAACCACAGACUGCAAACCACAGGGCUCAGACGGCGCGCAUGGCGUCCUAUGGCAUGUUAGCCUUUGGCUUAAAACCAGACGAUCUUUGGCAGCCCUCGAAGGUUGUGGCAGAGCUCCUGUGCUGGGGCACACCGCGUAGGAGGUUUUUCUUUAAGUGCCAGGAAGCCACCAUCAACCAGAAUGAAUCUAGGAAGAGGAUCAAGUGGGAGGAUGCUUAAUUUAUAGCUGGGUGUUGUAUUUCUUUAAUACUUGCUUCUCAGAGCUGUCCUGCUUUCAACUGAUGCAAACGGCAGCAAUGAGUAACCAACUGACUGGUUUGCUUCAGGAUUUAAUACAGGAUGAUUUUGAUUUUUACAAAGAGCCUGGAUUGUGCUAAUUCUCAGGUAUCUGUACCCUAGGGUCAACCCCGAGCUUGGCCCAAUCUCCUAGGACCUACGAUGCCAUUUUCACCCUGGUAGCAGCUUCCAGAGCCCCACGCUUGCACUUGGGAGGAAGUCUACAGCCCCGGUGGGGCUGGACUGCACGCUCGCGCUGAAGGCACACUGCCAAGCAUCUCUCUCAGAGGCCACCUGGAGUCCCAGCUGCCUCUGAGGCUCGCUCAGCUGUACAUAGGGAAAAGCCCAGGACCUUCAAGGGGCGCCUUUGUUCAGAGGCCAGAGCAGACCUGUGGCCUUGAACCGGAGGGCCUGAUGUCCCUUGAGCUCCCUCUCUCUAUGGUCUGCCCUCCUGAAGCACUAGGCCCCAAGUGCUAUGGUCCCUUGGCCAUUCUGUGCAAGCCCCUGGGGUCAUCAUCCCAGUGGGAUCGCUCCUCUGACAGCAGGGGCCCUUGCUCUGGGGCUUGGGACCGAGACCAUCUCCUCGAGUUGUGGACCAUGCCGUGCUGGGUCAGGAGCUGCCUCUCCCCCUGGCGCUCCUACACAGAGUUAGAACCUCGUGACCCGGACUCUGUCCUGGACAGUCCGUGGAACUUGUCACAGGUUAGCACCCUCCAAAGGAACAUGGACUAAGAGUCAGAAGAUGGAGUUUGGGUACCAUCUUGUCCCACUGUAGGGCCUUGGCCACGUUCUGUUCCAUGCAGCAGAUGCCUUUCUGCCUACUUCUCCCUGACCUGCCCAGCAGGGCUGCCUGGCAGACGCCCACCCUUCCUGGCCCACCCUCUUCUCAGCCCAGGAAACAGUCUGGAGCCCCCAGGACCCUGACACCCACAUUUAAGUCUUCCUAGCCACUCCCUCCCUGAAUUCAUCCCAAGUGCCCUUCCCGCAAGCUGCCAGGUGGCUGGGACAAGUUCAGGUGGCUGGCAGUCAGCGGGAGGGCGGGAAGCAGGCCCAGAAUGGGCCCAGACCUCCACUCCACUUCAUCUCGGGUUUGGGGCGUCUGUACUGUUCCUGGCCACCUCUGCCUCCCACUCACCUUUUCCACCACAGCCGGGGGCUGAGCCCUGGGGGUAAAACGAGUGGGUAAAACCCCUCUGGGGUCCAGACAUGCAAACCUCCGGCCCCACUGUGUCCCAGACAAACCCCAGCUUCCCCUCUGGUCUCAGUUUCCAUUUCUGAAAAAUGGGGGGUGGGAUGCGAAGUGCUCCUCCAGACCUGUGGCCCUCAGAGGAGAAGGACUUGAAAGAACCUUAAAGGAUCCUUGUCCGCACCCCAUUUUACCGAUAAGGAAACUGAGACCCAGAGAGGGAGAAGACUUGGCAUCAUUGCCAUCCAGCUAAUAACAGAAGGGAGGUCCCUUAGGGAAGAACCAGGAGCAGAGGCAGGGGGAGAUGUGGGUAAGGAGGGGGUCAGUCUCCCCUAGCCCCCGGGAAAGGAGCCCACCACUCAGGGGCCUCCAGGCUCUGGCUCCGUGUCCCAGGAAGUGCUUUCUAAGAAGGCUCCAUGAAGUUACUGCAUUUGAUCUUAAUGACAGCACCUGGAGGGGGAGCAGUGGGUAUUUGUUUCCUUUUUUUUUUUUUUUAAGGUUUUAUUUAUUCAUUGGAGAGAGAGAGACAGAGAGGAGGAGUUGGGGGAGGGGGCAGAGGGAAAGAG